AUGAAGAAGACAUUACUCAUAGUUUUCAUCCACGGAUUCAAAGGAGGUGACGACACCUUUGGCGACAAGGAAGGCUUCACAGCACGACUCCAAGCAGACCUCGCCGCCCUCCUCCCAAAGAUCAAUGUUAACGUCCUCGUAUAUCCCAAAUAUGAGACGCGCGGCGACCUAGGCGAAUGCGUAAGCCGCUUCCGCGACUGGCUCCUAGAAAAAGUAAUCGACCUAGAAGUCGCAAACAACACCCCCUCACCAACAGUAGACCCCUCCGUCCGCGUCGUCCUAGCAGGCCACUCCAUGGGCGGCAUCGUCGCCGCCGAGACCGUAAUAGGCCUCACCUCGGAAAAACCAAUCUACUCGGAAGACGGCGUCGAGAAGCCCGAGCUCGACUCCUCCUCCGCCACCUUCAACAGCCUCAUGUUCCCCUACAUCCAGGGCGUCAUCGCCUUCGACACACCGUACCUAGGCAUCUCCCCCGGCGUCGUCGCCCACGGCGCGGAGGGCCACUACAACACCGCCAACGCCGCCAUGACGCAGCUCAGCGGCCUCGGCACCGCGCUCUGGGGUGCCAAGCAAGCUACUUCGCCGUCGCCAUCUAGGAAUAAGGCCCCCGUCGCCGCUCUUCCCGCUCCGCCAACGGCAAACUCCUCACAGCAAGGUGGAUGGGGAUGGGGCAAAAUCGCAAUGGUAGCAGGCUCCGCCGCCGCCGUGGCAGCGAGCGCCGGCGCGGCGUACUACAACCGGGAACACAUCACCCAGGGCCUGAGCUGGGCGACAUCGCACCUCGAGUUCGUGGGGUGUCUCGCAAAGGGCGCGGAGCUGCAGAAGAGGAUGCAGUACAUGGUCAAGCUCAACGGCGAGCUCGACGUUGGCUUCGCGAAUUUGUAUACUCGUCUCGGCAAGGCCGCGGGGUCGAAGGAGGUCAGCGUCGUCGGCACGGUGCUUGGUAGGGACCGGACGUUUUGUAACCUGCCGAAGCGGGAUAAUGGGGGGAUGUGGAGGCAGGCUGUGAAUGAUGUUGCUACGGAGGAGACGCAGGCGCAUAUGAACAUGUUCGAACCCAAGAUGAACCCGGGGUACGAUAAACUCAAGGAGGACGCCGCAAAUCUCAUCGCCCAGUGGACGCGAAACGAGUGGUACGAGUCCAGCGAGGAAGACAAGCUCGCCAUCAAGGAGGCGGGCGAGAGUGCUACCGCUUGA